AUNACGUUAUAUAAGGUGAUUCGUGAAGUUUUAGAAAUCAAACCGGCGCAUUUAAAUAGCAUUUUAAAAAGAAAACUAUGCUCAGUCAGAGUAUGCAAAAUAAUUCCACCCAAAUUUGCAUAUUUCCUGGGUGGAACGGCAUGUUCCAUUUUCCUGUUAAAUGGUACAUCUAUAUUCACAGUAAACGCAUAUCAAGGAAAAUUAAUUGAAGGAGAUAAAAAAUUAAAAUUAACGUCACGUGAAAGGAGAUUUAUAAGAUUUGCAUCAGUGGAAUUUGAUGGUCAACUUUAUAUGACACCCCAAGACUUCCUCGAGUCCGUAGUCGAAGCUGAGCCGAGACCUCGUCUAAAACGAAAAAUUUUGAAUAGUAAGGACAUCGAGAAUUUCAACGAGCAGACGCCCAAAUUGAAUCAUGGUUCACCGAGACUUUUUCGGAAUUUAAGAGACAAGGGUAUCAUAUCCUACACCGAAUAUUUAUUUCUACUUUCCGUCCUUAUAAAACCAGAGUCUGGAUUCAAGAUUGCGUUUAAUAUGUUUGAUACCGACGGUAACGAAAAGGUGGAUAAAGAAGAAUUUCUUGUGAUACGUAGGUUGCUGGCAGGGAAGAAAUAUGAAGAGGGAAAACUACCCAUGGAGAAGGUGUUUAGUGAUGCCCUAAGAGGUCGUAGAGGUACGGUGGCAACGCUGAAGGUGGAAGAGGAGGAUGUGAAACGUUCCGUCGAGGAACAUUACGUCGACGACGAACGCGGACUUCAAAGACGUCAUCACGUCGACACAACCCUAAUUGUACACUUUUUUGGUCCGAAAGGCAAUGAAAUGCUAUAUUAUGAAGGGUUCCGGAAGUUCAUGCUGAAUCUACAGACGGAAGUUUUGGAACUGGAGUUCAGCGAGUUUGCCAGGGGCUUGCCCACUAUUUCGGAAGUAGAUUUUGCGAAAAUUUUGUUGCGUUACACUCAGCUAGAUACCGACGAAUACGACAUGUAUUUGGACAGAUUGUUGGACAGAAUAAGGGACACCAGGGGCAUUACGUUCGAAGAAUUUUAUGUGUUUUGUCAGUUCUUGAAUAAUUUGGAAGACUUUAGUAUUGCUAUGAGCAUGUACACCUUAGCUGACCAUCCAAUUUCAAAAGGUGAGACCACUGAUGAGUUUCAUCGGGCUGUGAAAAUUUGCACGGGAACAAAUCUGUCUCAACAUUUGGUUCAUACCGUUUUCGCAAUUUUUGAUGAAGAUGGAGAUGGACUUCUUAGCUAUCGAGAAUUUAUAGCUAUAAUGAAAGACCGAGUUCAUCGAGGAUUUAAGUCUUACGCAAGAAACGAGGGCUGGGAGGCAUUCAAACAUUGCUUAAAGCAAGAAAUGAAGACUCCCACUUAAACAAUUGAUUGUUAAUAUGUUUAAGUUGAAUAAUGUGUUGUGCCAUAAAUAUUGUGAUUGAUUAUGAAGCAAAUUUAAGAUGAUAAGAUUUACAUCUUUAUCCUGAGAGUUGUUAAUUUUCAGUUUUUGUAUUAUAAAAGUUUAUAGUGUUGUGUUUUUGUUACUGUUUUAACUUGUACAAUAUUUAUCGGAAUGUUACUAUUAUUUUUAUCUCAGUAUUAAUAAUUUCUUUUUUGUUACUUAAGUGAGUAUUAGACGAACAAAUUACGUGUGAAUUGCAUUCUCGUAGAAAAUUAUUUUUAAGUGGAGGGAAUGCCAAUAACAUUGAUAAACAAUUAUUUUAGUUAUAGAUGGUAGUAGUAAUUGCUAACAAUAAUAAUACUCGAAAAUACGCUUACAUUAAUCUAAUUGAUAUUAAUUGUGCAAUAAUGUUAAAUCUUUCGAACCGACUUCAAAAAAAUAAAUUAUAUCUCAACGAUUGUCUCAUUUGAAUUUGAAGAAUAUAUUCCACCUCUACUAAGGGUGGUAGAGAAUUAAGGUACGACACUCGUUAUUAACUUUUUAGUUAAGUUUUAUUUACAUAUAGGCUAAGCUUUACGUAUAUUUAAAUUAUUACAAAUUCUAGUCGUGUAGCAGUUAUUAUUGCAUUUGCAAUUGUUUGUUUAUUUUCUCACAUUGUUGUUACCUUAAAUAUAAUAAAUAUAUAUGUACAUUUACUCAGAAUAAUGUUAUUACAUUAGCAAUUUUCAAACAACGCAA